ACUUCCACACACACACUCCCGGCUUCGAAGGAAGCUGCAGAAAGGGAGGAGAGAAAGAUGGCAACUGAACUGGAAAAAAAAAUCCAAACAGAAUUGGGAAACCCGAACAAACCAACCCAUGGGAUCCCGAGCCAAAGUUGUUACGCGAACUCCAUCCGGAUUCAAACCCUUCUCUGCUAGUCCCGUGGAUCGCCUUUAGCAUUCGUUCUUUCCUUGGCCGGGGGGAUUUGGUUGCAGCCAGCGAGCAAGCGAGCGAGCGUGCCGGCAGCCGCGGCGCAGGAGGGACCCAUGGCAUCCUACCAGUUCCUCCAUGGCCAAGGAAAGCAUGGCGCUUUAGGGGCCCCCCUUGCUUGCUCCCGUCCAUGUCCAUGUCAUCCCGGCCCUGUCGACGAAAGACGAUCGCCUCCUCCCUUUGAUCAUCUACUAGUAGUAUAUAAGCGCGCGUGUUGGUGGUGCCUGGGAAAGGGAGGCCAUCGCUGGUCGCCUCGUUUGACAAGGUGGUCUUGGAGAGAGAAAGAGAGAGAGAGAGGUGGCCUGGUUGGACUUCUAGAGAGAGGUAGAAGAGAGAGAGAGAGAGGUGGCUGAAUUGUAUGAUGAGUGACUGGGAAAGGGAGGCCACGUCUGGGAGCUCGGAGUAAAUGGUGAGAGGGACGCCGGGAGGAAGGUGGUAGUUCGGAGACGGCGCCGCGGCGGCCCUGCCUUCCAGUCUUUGCUGCGAGAGCGGCAGCGGGUGGCGGAGCGGAGGAGCGCUGCUUCUGCUUGCAUGGUGGGAGCAGGGGAGGAGGCCGCGCCAGGUUCAGCUUGCUAGCAUGGAACCGAGGAGGUUGGAGCAGUUAGUGUUCCUGCUCUGCUGCUUCGCGGCAAUCACAUGCAGGUUACACGCACUGGCUCAGGCCCAAACCACUCUGCAACACCCCACUGGAGCAGCGGGUAGGAUUUUGUCGGAGGCUGCGAACAGAUCGGAGAGCGCUCUAUCGGUAAGAACAAGAAGAAUUGAUCCUCUUGAUGGUCUGAGGAAGUAUGAGGGAGGGUACAAUAUCACUGACAAGCAUUACUGGAGUUCGACCAUAUUUACAGGUAGAUCUGGAUACAUGAUUGCAGCAUUGUGGGUUAUUUGUGGUGUCAUUUUUCUGGGAACUAUAUUAGUCUCCAAGAUUUUCUGCACAAAAAGGAAAGAAAGAUACACUGACUUCGACUAUUUCCUAGAGAGAUACCAAAUUUUGACUGUCAUACUCUGUAUCAUCCUCGCAGUUUUUGUCAUAGUUGCAUCAGCUGUCGCCCUUCGCGGCACGGUAGAAUUCCACUCAAGAGCAGAAUCUGUGAAAGAGAUCAUUGGGACGACUGCACUUGAGGCUACAGCAACCAUUUACAACAUAACAGGAGCUAUUGAGAUGAUGCAGAACACAUCAAAGCUGUACAACUACACCAGUCAAGCAUGGGAUCAUCUGAACUCCACGGUAGAUGUGCUCAACUCCGAAGCAAUGGAGAUUCAGGCGAAGGCGGAGAAGAACAUGCGCCUGGUCACUAGAGGGAUCAACACAUUGGAACUUGUAACCAUUUUAACCGUGGUGCUGAAUCUUGUAGCAGUUCUAGUGUUGUUGGUAGGGAGCCCUCUAAAACUGCAAAAACUGUGCUACUUGUGCACGGCCUUCUGCUGGAUACUGACAACCCUCUUCUGGGUGUACUUCGGCCUGUACUACUUCUUCGACAAGUUCGCCGCCGACACGUGUAUGGCCCUGGACGAGUACCAGCUGAACCCUCAGAACAGCACGCUGGGCACCAUCAUUCCCUGCAGCGAGAAGCUCUCCGGCAGCAUAAUUCUGCACGACGUCGGUGCAGGGAUCCAUGACAUCAUAGAUCAGGUGAAUUCAAACAUUUACACAAUUAAAUCAGAGUAUCCGGUGAAGCAGCUGGACUACAUCUGCAACCCGUUUGCUGGGCCACCUGACUACCGGUACCGGCCACAGAACUGCCCGUCCGGCGCCAUCACCAUCGGCGACAUCCCUCAGAUCCUGAAGAGGCUGACGUGCUCGGACUUCGGCGGCGCCGCCAACUGCCGGCCGGCCGACCUGUCGUCGGCGAUCGACUACGACAAGGUGCAGACCUACACGAGCUCCAUCCAGAACGUGCUGGACAUCUUCCCGGGCACGGAGCGGCUGGUAAGCUGCGAGCUGGUGAAGGCCGGCUUCGCGGACGUCGUGGGCAACCAGUGCGCCCCGCUGCGGCGCGGCGCGCGCACGGCGUGGGCCGCGCUCGCCGCGCUGUCCGCGGCCAUGGCGCUGCUGCUGCUCGUGCUCGUGGUCGCCGCGGCCGGCGGCGCGCGCCGCCACCCCGGCGACGACCGCCUGUCGGUGCGGCACCUCACGUCGGCGACCAACUCGGAGAUCUCGGAGGCGGAGUUCGCCGAGAUGCACGCCAAGAAAGUGCGGAUCCGGGGCGGGCCGUGAGCCGCGCGAAAAGCUGACAUCGGAAUUCUUUUUUGCUGUGUUCUUUUGAUCUUUGCCAAUUGCGGAGGAGAAAAGAGACGAGGAUGUAUACUGCCGGCGGUCGAGACUGAUCCAGGAGAGAUCGUCCACCGCCGGCGCGCCAUUGCUGCGAAAAUGUUUGGUUCUAUGUUCCGUGGGAUCGGAUGGUCUGGAGAAUCCACCCAUUGUGUGUUUGCUGGGAUUUUUUUUU